AUGGGCGCCCCGAGGCUACGAGCACCGGCGGCUGCGCUGGGGCUCUUGCUGUGCGCCGUGCUGGGGAGCGGCGGCCCGGCCGAGGGCAGUCACGGCGGUCUGGGGGCACUUGGACCCUCCGGGGCUGUCGCCAAGCGCCCGUGUCCCACUGCCUGCCGUUGCCUUGGAGACCUGUUGGACUGCAGUCGCCGCCGCCUGGCGCGCCUGCCCGAGCCGCUCCCGCCUUGGGUAGUUCGGCUGGACUUGGGCCACAACAGAUUGUCUUUCUUCAAAACAAGUUCCAUGAGCCACCUUCAAAACCUUCGGGAAAUGAAACUGAACAACAAUGAAUUGGAGACCAUUCCAAAUCUAGGACCUGUCUCAAGAAACAUUACCUUUCUCUCAUUGGCCGGAAACAGAAUUAUUGAAAUAGUACCCGAACAGCUGAAACAAUUCCAAUCCCUCGAAACUUUGGACCUGAGCAACAAUAAUAUCUCAUCACUUAAAGUGGCAUUUCCACCCCUACAACUCAAGUAUCUGUAUAUCAAUAGCAAUCGAGUCACAGCCAUGGAAGCUGGUUGCUUUGACAGUUUGGCCAGCACACUCCUGGUCCUCAAGCUGAACAGGAAUCGACUCUCGACUAUCCCACCCAAGAUGUUUAAACUCCCCCAACUGCAGCACCUUGAACUGAACCGAAACAAGAUUAAAAACGUCGAUGGACUCACAUUCCAAGGGCUAGGUGCUCUGAAGUCUCUGAAAAUGCAAAGAAAUGGAGUAACAAAACUAAUGGAUGGAGCUUUCUGGGGACUAAGCAGCAUGGAGGUCCUGCAGCUGGACCAUAACAACCUAACAGAGAUUACCAAAGGCUGGCUUUACGGCUUGCUGAUGCUGCAGGAACUUCAUCUCAGCCAAAAUGCCAUCAACAGGAUCAGCCCUGAUGCCUGGGAGUUCUGCCAGAAACUCAGUGAGCUGGACCUGACUUUCAAUCACUUAUCAAGGUUGGACGAUUCCAGCUUUCUUGGCCUGAGCGUACUAACUACACUGCACAUUGGGAACAACAAAGUCAGCUACAUUGCUGAUUGUGCCUUCCGGGGACUUUCCAGUUUAAAGACUUUGGAUCUGAAGAACAAUGAAAUUUCCUGGACUAUUGAAGACAUGAAUGGUGCCUUCUCUGGGCUUGACAAACUGAGGCAGCUAAUGCUCCAGGGAAACCGGAUUAGAUCUAUCACCAAAAAAGCCUUCACUGGUUUGGAUGCAUUAGAACACUUGGACCUGAGCAACAAUGCAAUCAUGUCAUUACAAGGCAAUGCAUUUUCACAAAUGAAGAAUCUUCAACAACUGCAUUUAAAUACAUCAAGCCUUUUGUGUGAUUGCCAACUAAAAUGGCUCCCACAGUGGGUGGCGGAGAACAACUUUCAGAGCUUUGUAAAUGCCAGUUGUGCCCAUCCUCAGCUGCUAAAAGGAAGAAGUAUUUUUGCUGUUAGCCCGGAUGGCUUUGUGUGUGAUGAUUUUCCAAAACCCCAGAUCACAGUUCAGCCAGAAACACAGUCGGCAAUAAAAGGUUCCAAUUUGAGUUUUAUCUGCUCGGCUGCCAGUAGCAGUGAUUCCCCGAUGACUUUUGCUUGGAAAAAAGACAAUGAACUACUGCACGAUGCUGAAAUGGAAAAUUAUGCACACCUCCGGGCCCACGUUGGCGAGGUGAUGGAGUACACCACCAUUCUUCGGCUGCGCAACGUGGAAUUUACCAGUGAAGGGAAAUAUCAGUGUGUCAUUUCCAAUCACUUUGGUUCAUCCUAUUCUGUGAAAGCCAAGCUUACCGUAAAUAUGCUUCCUUCAUUCACCAAGAUGCCUAUGGACCUCACCAUCCGUGCUGGUGCCAUGGCUCGCCUGGAAUGUGCUGCGGUGGGGCACCCAGCCCCUCAGAUCGCCUGGCAGAAGGACGGGGGCACGGACUUCCCUGCCGCCAGGGAGCGGCGCAUGCACGUGAUGCCAGAAGACGACGUGUUCUUUAUUGUGGACGUGAAAAUAGAAGACAUUGGGGUUUAUAGCUGUACAGCUCAAAACAGUGCAGGCAGUAUUUCUGCAAAUGCAACUCUGACUGUCUUGGAAACACCAUCAUUUUUGCGACCUCUCUUAGACCGAACUGUUACCAAGGGAGAAACAGCCGUCCUGCAGUGUAUUGCUGGAGGUAGCCCUCCUCCCAGACUCAACUGGACCAAAGACGACAGCCCUUUGAUGGUCACUGAGAGGCACUUUUUUGCAGCAGGCAAUCAGCUCCUGAUUAUUGUAGACUCGGAUGUCAGUGAUGCCGGAAAGUACACGUGUGAAAUGUCCAACACCCUUGGAACUGAGAGGGGCAAUGUGCGCCUCAGUGUCAUCCCAACUCCGACCUGCGACUCCCCACAGAUGACGGCCCCAUCCUUGGACGAUGAUGGGUGGGCCACCGUGGGAGUCGUCAUCAUAGCGGUGGUCUGCUGUGUGGUGGGCACAUCCCUUGUGUGGGUGGUCAUCAUAUACCACACAAGGCGGAGGAACGAAGACUGUAGCAUUACCAACACAGAUGAGACCAACUUGCCAGCAGACAUCCCGAGUUAUUUGUCGUCCCAGGGGACGUUGGCUGACAGGCAAGACGGGUAUGUCUCCUCAGAAAGUGGAAGCCACCACCAGUUCGUCACUUCGUCAGGAGGUGGCUAUUUCUUAGCGCAACAUGAUAGUAAUGGUACUUGUCACGCUGACAACAGCAGUGAAGCUGACGUGGAGGCCACCACAGAUCCAUUUUUCUGCCCCUUUCUGGGAGCCACGGGACCUGUGUACUUGAAGGGGAGUGUGUAUGGCUUGGACCCCUUUGAUGCCUGUCACACAGGUUGCAGUCCUGAUCCAAGGACAUCUUUAAUGGACCACUAUGAUCCCAGUUACCUAAAGAAAAAGGAGUGCUCUCCCUGCCCCCACCCUGCAGAGGAGGUCUGUGAUCGCAGCAUCAGCAACGUGGGGCCGCCACCAUCUCACCUGAGGAAACUGAUGAACUCUUCUUACUCUUACCAUGAGGGACCUGGGAUGAAAAACGUAUGUCUCAAUAAGGCUUCUGUAGAGUUUGGAUCGAAUUCAGAACCAGCCUCAGUUACUUCGAGUAACUCUUUUCUGGGUACAUUUGGAAAGCCUCUGAGAAGACCAUACCUGGAUGCCUUUGCUAGCUGUGGACAUCAGUCAGAUUGUCAGCCAAGAACUCUUCACACAAAGACUCCUGAGACCCUGGACUUGGACUUGGAGCCUGAGGAAGAUGGAAAAUUGGAAAGGACAGAUUUUCAGGAUGAAAAUCAUACAUGUUCUUAUAAACAAACCUUUGAAAACUAUAGGACUCCAAAUUUUCGGUCUUGUGACUUGGAUACAUAG